AUGCACAGUGUGAUUCAUCGUUCCUCAAGUCCGGUAUCAUCAACAGUGGCUGAUCCGUCGACAGUAACGGUGCGCAUUGAAAGCGCAUCAGCAAACGAUUUAAAUGUUCAGGAUGUUUUAACAUCUUCAUCGUCCGAUGAAGAUGAUGAAUUAAAACAACAAUGUAAAAAACAAAACAUAGUCGAUCGUCUUGGUCAUCAUAAAUUAGCGACAGCUAAUCGUCGACAUACGUCAGGAUUGGAAAAGAAUCACCGUACACAUUCUCUCCAUCAAAAACGUCCAAAUCGUUUAAGUACCGAUGCUAAUACAAUGUAUGUACCAUUGAGUCGACCGAUAACAGCUAUUUCAUUACCAGCAAAAUCACCAGUAUCGGACAAUGAAUGGGAUCUUGACUCAGCUCAAACUUUAGUAUCAUCUUCACAGCGACGUAAUCCAUCGUGCCCAUCAAUAUCUCCAAUAACCGCACGUUCAAAAUCAUCAUCACAAUCACCUCUAUUACAAAAGUUUUCGCCUCAACAAGCACCAUCUGUAUUUACAACAACAUCAGAGUGUCUUGGUACAGAUUUUCGUCCAUUAUUACGACGUGAUACGCAAAGACGCUCGCAAUCGUUAGCUAAAACAUCAUUAGUUCUUAGUGAUCAAUCAUCACCAACAACUUCAAUUGUUUUUCUUACAGACGAUAUUUUAUUAGGUUCGAUACAUGCUUUACAAAAUGAAAGACAAUUGUGUAAAUUAUCUAUUGAUUAUCUUAUUGAUGCAACAAAUAUGAGACCCGAUGAAAUAGCACGAAAAGCAAGAGUUGGAGCACGUCUUCCAUGUCAAUGUGGUCAUACACAUUCACGUUGUACGUUAACACUUGAAUUCGAUCAAUUAUGUUUAACAACAUCAACAUCAACAGAUUUGAAUCAUUUAAGUAGCAGUAAAAUUCGAGAACUAACUCGUGCACAAUUAGGACAACUAUUUGCAGUAUUGAACCGUUUUAUAUAUAAAGCACUGCAAGAAGAAAAACGAAUACUUAUUUAUGGUUUCGAAUUAACACAGAAUUCACCAAUGGCAGUUAUUGCAAUUCAAUAUUUAAUGUUAAGUGAUGAACAACUAACACUAACUGAAGCGAUUCAUAGUGUACAUCGUUUAUUUCCUAUACUAACAAAGAAACAUCAACAAUUUCCAACAAUGGAAAAACGUUUUCAAGAUUAUCUAAAACAAUUGGAGAGAAAAACUUGUCCAAAAACUGUUCUUGUUGGUACUAUAAGCGGAGAUGGUAGUGGUAAUACUAGCGGAAGUGAAUAUCGACGAUCAUUACGAGAUUUAUCAUCGGAAGUAAGUGAAAAAACAACACUCGAUAAUGAUGUGACAUCAUUAACAUCAUGGACAACAAUACCAACGUCGAUUAUAAACGAUAGUUCCAAUCAAUCUCGUCAUUUAUUUACAACACGUUCAGCUUGGGAUAGUUGA